AUUAAUAAUCAAUAUUCCUGAAUGCUUGCAGCUGAACCUCUUCACCCAGGCCAGCAUGAGGAUGCCCGACUCACACAGUUUCAGCAGCAUCUUAAAUCAACCCACACGCUAUCAUCAAAUUAUGAAGCGUCUCAUCAAACGCUACGUCCUGAAAGCACAAGUGGACAAAGAGAACGAUGAAGUGAAUGAAGGUGAGCUGAAGGAGAUAAAGCAGGAUAUUUCCAGCCUGCGAUACGAACUGCUGGAGGAGAAGUCUCAGGCCACAGAAGAGCUUUCAAUCCUCAUUCAGAAACUCAGUGACAAACUCAACCCACGUCCAGUCCAUCCGCACUGACCCCUGCUGACCAGCGGUGAACUACAUAUAAAUAUAUCC